UGCGGGGUAUCUGUAUUUCGUGGAAAGUAGUUCCCAAGACAGAAAGUGUCGUACUGCUUAAGUUGACUUCAAGCUGUGAUGUGAUAGGCAAUAAUCACCAGUCUGUUUUGGCUCGUGUUUGGUGUCGGUUGUAUUCGUUACUCAGAUCGCAGAUAUGUUAGCCGGAGGAACUACAGAGACCAAGCCACCAUGUGACGAGGUCCAGCAACUUCUGAUACAAGUGAAGGGCCAGGUGGAGGACAAGCUGGGCCGCGAGGUGUCACAGUUCACACUCCUCUCCUACAAGACUCAGGUUGUCGCCGGGACUAACUACUUUGCUAAGGUUGACAUAGGUGAGGAGGAGGUUGUUCACAUGCGAGUGUAUAAGGACCUGAAGCAGAAUUUGUCUCUCCACUCUAUCCAACACCCUAAGGCUAAGGAAGAUGACAUUGCUUACUUCUGAUGGCUAAAAUCACCAUCUACUUCUCCCAGGACUCAAGAGGCAUCAAACUCCUCAAGCAUCCCACAAACCUAACAUCUGGACAGAUCUCAGUCUACCAACCAUAAAGCUCUAGAACUUUACUCUUCUAUGAUGUCUCUAAAUCAGAAAUCUAAUUUGUCAACAUACCACAUAAUUAUUGACUCGUGUACUAGUUUUUGUACAACAGCGAAAAUCUUAAACUGUGUCUGAUGAAUUUAUGGGCUUUUCCAUGGCUUUUAAGAAAAGUUCUGUCAAGAUUAAUUUUACUUCUUCAAACUACAGAAAUUAUUGUACAGUAUAAGUAUUUUAUUGUUAUUAAUGAGUUUUGAAAUAUAUAUAUUAUAAUCAGUAAAAUUAUUGAAAAGAUUAUUUUACUUAAAUUUAACAUUGUUGUCAUAUUAGUAAGUUGUAAAAAUUUUGUCUCUAUACCAAAUACAUUCAGUGUGGUAGUGUUUAAUAUGAUACAUUUUAUAAUCAAUAAAUAUAUAAGUGAUAUAAUUUACUAUUUUACCAUC